AUUCUUUCAACAUCCGUUCUCCGUCCGUCUCCCCCACCCCCCUUUGUUUUGGCGGUUUUGAGCUCUUUCCGUUUCGAACAUUCCCCGGAAUUUCUCUGACGGUCAAAAAAAAAAAAAAAUCUCUCUCUUUCUCCAAACUCCAAACUUGGUAGAUCGGGGUAUCGGACAGUGUCAGCUCGCCGGCGUCUGUUUCAUUUCCCGAUCGUCAAGGUUUUAAUGAUUUUCUCCCUUUUAGUGGGGGGAUUUAAUUGACUUUUGGUGGUCAAUGUGAUUCCAAUCAACAGUUCUAAGCGCCCUUGAAUCUGCAUCCAUUCACAACUGCCAUGAUUUUCUGUUCAGAAAAUGGAGUUUGGACGACUAAGUUUAUGAGUUUAGUGGAUACAAACGGUAUUGUCUCCACCGUUUCCUUGAGUGUAUGGUCCAGGAGAAAAUUGAUUCUAACAAUGAGAUGAGGUUUGCACCUGCAGAGUUAGAAAUGGAUUGUUGGGGUAUGGCUAAAACUUGUGGUUUUAGACAUUCUACCAAGUCCUUUAUACACUUCUUAAAAUGGUAUAAAUUUGGAAGAACAAGAACGGUGAUUCUCUUAGUUCUGGAAAUGGAAAAUCUUUUGAUGUGUUAGAGGUGGCUGGAACUUUUUUUAUUUUGGAAUUUUUUCAGAUGUCAAGUGGUAAAAUUUCUGAAUUAUAAACAAGAUUGUUCUAGUGUAUGCUGUUCUCAAUGCCUGGCUGCUUGAUGUUUGAGGGAGAUGUUAUGGUUUGUCAGUCCAUGUGUAAAAGCUGGGCGUUUUUUCUUGAAUGGCAGACUACGUUAUCUAAACCAUGCCUUCUCAAUUCUAAUUUUGGUGAAGAAAUGGAUCCAUUAAUGCAGGUUUACAAUUUUAUUUGUCAAGGGCAUAAAAUGAUAUGGGUCAACAACCACAUCUGAUUAAGAACCAUGCUGACACAACAAGCAAAAGGGUAGACAAAUCAGUUGUUCCUGGCUUAGAAGAGGAAGCAAUUGAGGUUGAGCACUUAAUUGCAGAACCUAAAAGCGAUCAUGUUUCAGUGGAUGGUUUUUUAUGCUUUGACAAAGAGAA